GGCACCAGUCGGUUAGGAACAGCGACGGCGUUCAGUCAGGCGAGAGGUCCUGGUCGCGUUUUCCUUGCAAAGCUCCCGAAGAAAUGGAGGAUUUCGAUCAGAAAAAAGGGGAAAAGGUGUGGUACAUGAUGUCGAAGGAUGCGUAUUACCAAUAUCGCGCCGAGGACACCGGCUCAGUCGAAGGCUUGGGUCUGCCCUCGUUGCCCAACACGAGCUAUUGGUACGAUGCCCACUCUUCCAUGGGCAGCUCCCUCUACCCAGUAACCUCCGCACAAGACUACGUCAUACAGAACAAUGAAAGUCCAGUGCCCAUAUCCGACAGUUUCCGAGAGCCGAUGGACUGGUGGACGGAGAACGAAGUUAGUGCCCCGCGAAACCUAACGGGGAAUCUGUGUAGCAUUGGCGGCGUGGACCAGGGAUACUUGAGUACCGAUGACCUGAUGUGUGGCCCCAGUGAGUUCGAGCCCCCGGGACCGGCGAUGGGCAUGCUGGGGAACGGCUUCGUGGGCCCAGCGCCAGGACCAGGGGGGGAGAGGGAGUACGUCGCAGCGAUGGAGGACAUGGUGACGGACGAGAGUCAGACUCCUUCGCCCCAAUCGCUCCCAGAGGCUAACGCUUUUGCAUCGCCAGUCAGGAAGGGCGUCGCCAGUGACACCAGGAGACCAAGUCCGGUUCAGGAGCAGAGUGCCAAGGAGAAGAAGCAAAAGAAGGAACCAAAAGAGAAAGUGAAGGAGAGUAAGAAGUGUGGCGUCUGUGGGGACACGGCGAGGAGCAUGCACUUCGGUGGGAUGGCCUGUGACUCCUGCAAAGCCUUCUUCAGGAGGUCGGUGCAGAGCGGGGCGUACAAGAGCUUCCAGUGUCCGGAGAACGAAAACUGUCCCAUCUCGAAACAAAACCGAAAAGUCUGCCAGUAUUGCAGAUUUAAGAAGAGUCAAGAGAAUGGUAUGGAAAUCAGCUGGGUGAUGUCGGAGACGGAUCGAAUGGUGUUAUGGAAAAAUCGACUUGCUAAACAACGACAGGAGCAAGAAGACAAAUUGAAGGACGUGGCAUAUGGAGGUCUUCCUCAUACUUUGGACCCCGACGAUGCUGAUGCUCUGAGAAAUCUGGCUGCUCUUCAAGAGGCAACUUUCAAGUCUAUUCCAUACCCGGAAGACUGCUACGGAGACAACGUAGAAACUUUAGCAAACCUCUUUGUAUGUAUUUGCAAAAAACUGGGAUUAUUCUUUUACCGUGUAGAAGAUUUCCAGUAUCUUUGUAAGACAGAUCAAUCGCUUUUGCUCAAGAAUGGCAUUGGUAUGGGAAUAUACCUGCACGGUGCUUAUAUGUUUGACCAUGAGAAUGAGAGAUGGCCCGCGGAAGGCAACAAGGAGGCCCUCAUGAUCCCCCCUGUUUCCUUGGACACGCUCCGGAAGUUCACCGUUUUCCCAGAGGCAUUUGAAGUCAUUAUGAAGUUUUACAAUAGAUAUGCUAAAAUAAUCAAAGAUGAAAUUGUUUUAGCUCUUGUAUGUGUGAUAGCCUUCUUUCAGCCAGAUGACCCGAACUUCUUACAUCCAGAAAAGAUACAGGAAAUCCAGACUAAGUACUUAGAAUAUCUAAAACGAUACCUGAAGGCCAAAGAAGGUGAUAAUGGUGUGAGGAUCACCUUUCCAAAACUCCUGGUUGGCCUUGCAGAUAUAAGGGAGAUUUUGGAAUAUCAUGGGAAAGUGGACAUUAAACCAACUAUUAAUUAUCAAGAGAUUUCAACACAGCCAAGUGUCAAGAAUCAAAUGGUCUUACUAAAAGAAUUAUUUGAAAAGGUAUCUCUGGGAGCCUUACCAGAGUUUUCUUCCAUUCUGACUAGCAAAGAGAAAAAGCAACCAUUGUGGGACAAAAACGGUAUUUUACAAAAGAGACAAAAUGCAGCUAUUAAUAUUCAAAGCAACCAGUUCUAUCACCCAUACACAAACCAGAUAUUCGGCAAUGAUCCAAGAACGGACAUGGUUAUCACAAAUCCACUGGAACAUAUAGAUAGAUUUGUAAAGAAGUACAAACACUCUUUCACACAAAUUAGUAACCCUUCUGAGGCAAGGGAAACUUGUAGGAAUAGUGCCCACAGGAGAUUGCCCAGCUUGAAACCAGCAGGAGAUGGUGAUGAUGAAAACUAUCAAAGAGAAAUGAGUGUCCAGAGUGAUCAAAGUGACUGGCAGUUACAGAGAGCAGUGAGACGCGAACAGAGUUUUAAUUCCAUGUCAGCAGUAGACAAAAAACGUUCAGUUGAUAUAUUAUGCAACAUUUUAAAUCACAUUUGUGCAGAUGAUGAGCAGUUCGUUCAGUCUUUAAAACGGGAUCUUCCACCACAUCUCCUGGCCAGCCUUGCUCAGAAGCUACUGCCAUCAUAGAUUCAAUCAAAAAUAGAAGUGUUUCUAGUGUGUGUCUAUUUUUGCACAGCAUCGAAAUUUGUGUUUUGUGUGAAUGAGAAUGAGUAAAAUAGGAAUGAUGGAAUGAGAAAGUUUUUUUUUCUGUUUAUUAAAUCAUUUUAGUAAAUGGCAUCAGUAACAUUAUAGUCUACUUUUAUGUAUGCUUUAUAGUUUACAUUUUAUGUAUUUUGAAGUCUGCAUGUAAGGAUGUUCUUGCGUCUGAUAGAGAAAGAAUACUACUCUAAUCUUUCACACUGAUAGCCCUGUUGUAAUAUAGAAAAAAAGAGCAUGCUUUGUGGAAAAACUGAUUGCACUUCUUACUACAAACUGCCUGACAGAACAUCCAUUUUUUUUUUCUUCCUCUUCAUUAAAUGAUUCAGAGUAAAUCUCAGGUUGAAAAUGAGGUACAGAAUUCUUUGUAUGGUUUUGUAUAGAAAUUGCUGUAUGUUAUCUGUGCAUUUAUAACAACGAAAAGUACUUAAUUUGUUGUAAGCCUAUUAGGAGUAAGCCUAUUAGAAGUACCGGUAUAUAAAUUGAUCAGUAUAUCUUUGGCAAUUGA